AUGGAGGAGACUUCAAGCAAGGAUCUUCAAGGGGACAGUCCAUCCAGCUUGCAGAUUCCCAGUGAAGAGCUUAAGUCACAAAGAGAGAAACUUCAGUUUUCUAGAGGAGAAGGAAACAGCAGAGACAAAGCUGGAACACCAGAAGGGACCAGAAGACCACCAAGGUCUGCACUUGGGCUCUACACAAGGGAAACAGCUCAGAGGGAAAGGAAGACAUUCCCUGAAAAGAAGAGAGGUGAGGUCACAAGCACUGGGAAGCACAGACUCAUGGAGAGCCCCUCAGAAGCUCCCCAACAUGGAGGCUCUCCCUGGAAAGGGAUCUUGAUCACAGCCUCCUUCUUCAGCUGCUGGAUCCAGCCCAAAUCUGCUCAAGGUGCUCUGGUCAGUGUUGUGCCAAGACCACCCUAUGGGACAGUGGGCAGCAAUGUCACCUUGAUGAUCCAGGGGUACUCAGGGAAAGUUCUCAGCUAUAAUUGGUACAAAAAGACAAUAGAGCACUCCAACAGGAUCAUAACCUACACGGUUCCUUUUGGAGAGCAAACACCAGUGGAGAAUAGGGAGAGGGGGUUCCCCAAUGGCUCUCUGCUCAUCCCUAACCUCACCCUCAAUGACACGGAAGUCUACAUUGUACAAAUUGUUGAUUCUGAAGGUGUGAUAGCCGCAAUCGAACAAGCACAAUUCAGAGUGUAUGAGGAACUUGUGAAUCCUAACAUUGCUGUCAAUAGCACCAACAUUAUAGAGAAUGACUCUUUGGCCUUGACAUGUAGCACAGAAAACAAGGAGGAAAAUAUUCUGUGGUUCUUCAAUAAUCAGCCCUUGACGCUCAAUGAGAGGAUGAAGAUAUCUAAGAGUAACGAGACCCUCACCAUCAUGAAUGCGAAGAGGAAGGACACUGGAUCCUAUCAGUGCGAAGUCUGGAAUCCAAUUAGUUCCAAGAAAAGUGACCCCCUUACCCUGAUUCUGAACUAUGGACCAGACCAUAUUGAGAUUCUUCAGAGCCCUGAAAAUGGGGAGAUUGAGGUCCCAUUCAAUGACUCCUUGACUUUAGAGUGUCAAGCUUUGUCUUACCCUCCAGCCCAGUAUGAAUUCCAUAUCAAUGAUACUUCUGGGCCUAUACACUCAGGAAGCACUUACACUAUCAUGUAUGUAUCUUGGGAACAUUCAGGAGAGUAUACAUGUUGGGCAAGGAACAACAUGACCAACAUAUCCAUCUCCAAGGAUGUUACAGUCAAGGUUGAGAAUAAGUCUCCUGGAGGGGCCAUCAUUGGUAUUGUGAUUGGAGGACUAGUUGGAGUGGUUCUGACAGCAGUCCUCAUCUGUUUCCUGUUCUUCAGAAAGAUGAUACGGGUCAGAGAACAUCAUCUUACAAAGCACAGAUCCUCGGCACCCAAACACAGUCAAGUCUUCUUUGACAGUUCAAUUAAUGAGACCGAGGAAACAUUCUACGCAUCCCUGAAUUUCAGUGCCCAGAAACUACUUGCCCUGACACAGGCCCCAACAUCUACAGACAUCGUUUACUCUAAAAUCAAAAUAAGGAUUGCAUCGAACCUGGACAGCAGCAGAGACACCUCCAGAGUAGGCAACUGGGCUCUGUACAGGGGAGACAGACCUGAAAAGGGAAAGAUGGAGCUUCCUGGGAAGGAGAAGGCAGUCAUAUGCAGAGGGAAGCAUAGACUAAUGGAGAGACCCUCAAAAGGUCCUCACGUUGUGGGCAGCCCCUGGAAGGUGCUCCUAAUCACAGCCUCCAUCCUUAGCUGCUGGAUCCAGCCAACAUCUGCUCAAGGUAAUCCUACUGGUAUCACGUCAAUCCCAUCCUAUGGGACGGUGGGCAGCAAUGUCAUCUUGACCAUCUCGGGAUUCACAGAGAAGGGUAACAUCUAUUCUUGGUACAGAAAGACAACAGAGGCCUCCAACCAUAUUGCAAGCUACACUUUCCGUACUAGAGUACAGACACCGGAAGAUAUCCGAGAGAAAGUACUCCGCAACGGUGCCCUGCUCAUCCCCAACCUCAGCCUCAGUGAUGCUGAUACCUACAUUGUAGAAGUUACUAUUUACAAAGCUGGAGUUGGGAUAUUUAUAGCAAAAACACAAUUGAGAGUGUAUGAAAAACUGGCCAGACCUAACAUCACUGUCAAUAGCAUCAAAAUCAGAGAGAAUGAGCCUUUGGUAUUCACAUGUAGCACAGAAAACGAGAGGGCAAACAUUCUGUGGUUCUUUAAUAACCAGCCCUUGCCACUCACUGAGAGGACUGACCCAUCUGAAAAUAACCAGACCCUCACCAUCAAGAGUGUGAAGAGGGAAGACACUGGGUUCUAUCAGUGUGAAGUCUGGAAUCCAAUCGAUGCCAAGAGAAGUAACCCCCUUAGCCUGACGGUGAACUACGGACCAGACAAUAUCAAGAUUUUUCAGAGCCCUGAAAGUGAGAAGAUUGAAGUCCAAUUCAAUGAUUCCCUGACUUUAGAGUGUCAGGCUCCGUCUAAUCCACCUGUUCAGUAUGAAUGGCAUGCCAACGGCAGUCCUGAGCUGAUACACUCAGGAAGCACUUACACCAUCCCCCAGGCAUCUUGGGAACAUUCAGGAAAGUAUACAUGUUGGGCAAGGAACAAUGUGACCAACUUAUCAUUCUCCAAGAACAUCACCGUCAAGGUGGUCGUGGAUAAGUAUCCAGGAGGAGGGAAAGGCUCCUCACUGUCUGGAGGAGCCAUCAUUGGCAUUGUGAUUGGAGAACUAGCUGGAAUAGUUCUAAUUGGGGCACUCAUCUAUUUCCUGUUUAUCAGAAAGACUGGAUGGUCCAGCAAGUACCAUCUUCCAGAGAAGAAGCAUUCAACACCCAAAAAUGGGGAGGACACCACCCUUUAUGAGAAUGCAGUUUGCCUAAAAGGUUCAGCAAUUCUUGCACAGGGCCAGGGAUCCUCCCCAACUUUGCCUGAAGUCCUGUCUGAGAAACUCUAUGAGUCACUGAUCAUCACAACAGAAGAUGGUUAUGAAAAGAUCAUUCCCUCAGAGAAUCCACAAGAUGAACAAAGAAGAAAAAGUUACUAG